AUGGCGGUUCGAAAGAAAGGGUGGUCGGUGCGGUACGCCUACCCCUCUCUGGCAAGCAACAGCGGCACCAUUGUGACGUCUGCUGAGUCGCCGUCCUCCUCUCGGUCAGCCGCCUCCGCCGCCUACGCCAACAUCGAGCGUGUUGCGGGGGUUGUGCUGGCACCGCUACUGCCUCUCUUAGGCGAUGGCACUGCGGCCUGCCCGCCCCACUCGCAGGUUCUGCCGGUCCUUCCGCUGAUCGUGGAGUGGCUGUGCACACUGCCCACUGCCGAGUCAGCCGUGCCCCUGGGUCGUUGGCUACCGUGGGUAGUCACGGUUUACGCAGAGGAGCAUAACUGCUCUCGACCUCCGUCGCAGUCACUACCGUUGCCACCGUUGUUGGACCUUCUCCCGCAUCUACUGCGCAAACUGAGCACUCAUCUAGGGCACCCCGCCGCAGCGAAGCUGGAGGUAACGCGAUGUUCACCGGACAUCUUGUGUGAGCGUUGCCUUGCCUCUCUUUUUGCCUUGAGCCACGCUCGCUCCGCAGCAACCAGAGACGAGCUAAGGGGGCCCGCACCAAGGGAAGCGAGUGAGGCCACUGGGAAGACAACACUCUCUCCGGCGCACCUCGCGGCUGAUCAGCACUCGAGGUCAACGCUCGCCGACGUUUUGUGGUGGCACGGCGAGGUACCUUUGCUGCUCCUGACUGGAGUGCGGCGAGCAUUGAAACAGGCGGGGCAGACAGUGGCACUUGCCUCAGCUGCUGCUGCCGAAUCUCUCGAUGCGCCGUCGACGACUAGCGGCGAGUUUUCUACAUCACUGUCACCCCUGCAGCAGGAUCAGUGGUGCUCGUGCUCGUGUCCGACACAUGCGCCGCAUCUGACAGUGGUGCUUGGCGAUGACGAUGUCUACCGCCGCUUCCUGCUCCGCCUGGCAGCGCUGCAGAGCACUUCCCUUGUUCAAGCAGCGGCGUCUGGACCAAGGGAGAUCACUCCGGCACUGGUAUCCGUACGGCUGACAGGGUCGUUGACAAAGGCUGCUGCUGCGGGGGUGAGAGAGUCAUGCCAUGAUCAUGCCCCUGCUCCACUAAACGAAGACCCUGACAUGAUUCUGCGCUUCAUCCAGCCUCUACACGAGUACGUCCUCUUGCUGCAGGAAAGCUCUGCAAAGUGGAGCGGCACGGAGGGUAAUACCGCGACUGCGAUGGCUAACUCGGUUGCUGCCGUGCCACCCGUGCAGCUGACCUUUACAAGUGUCGUUCACAUGCUCAUGGCCAUCUUUGGGCGGCUAGAGGAGCUCAAACAGCAGAGCAGUUGCCGAGGUGCAGCUGCCGUUACACCAGGGCAGCGAGCCCAGGCGCCUCUCUCUGCGUCCACCGGCAGCUCCGUCACCGCAUUCGUGCUGCUGCCGCAGAAGUCCCGUAUCCACACUCUCAAAAGUCUCUGCGAACUUCUUCUCCGUCAUGUGCGUGCCGUGCAGGCCUCGAAAUUACCAUUCAGCCCCACUUCCUCCAGUGCAGCUCCUAGGUGCGCCCCAUGGUUUGUGGAUGUGGAGGUGCACCUGCAGGAGGCCACUCUGCGCCGGCUGUGUGGCGCGGCCCGUGCGUUGGUGCGGGUGGUGAUGGAGGAGCGCCGCCGCAGUCUUGCUGAGGAGGGUCCAGAGGGCUCGGUGCUAACAGCGUCCUCUGUAGCGGCUGCUCAGCAGCAUCGCGAUGCCGCUGGCGGCUCCGGCGCCUCCACGGGAACCACCUGCUCUGCGGCAACCCCGCUAGCAUCUAACAUCUCGUUUGAGCGCACCCUGCGGAGUCUUGCCUUUCGAGUGGUAGAGCCGGCGCUGUGGCGGCUACAGGAAGUGUGCAUCGAAGCCCAGACAAGUGUCCCUGUGCAUGUCUUGUCCUUCGAAGAAUGGCGGUUGUAUUUGGGUCUCGCCAACGCUAAUACGGCAGGGACAGGCGCCCUUGCAGGCCGCUUCACCUCCGCGGCGGUCGAACAUGUUGACCAGAUAUACAGCCCCAUCAUGGCCUCCGCCGUUUCGCUCUUUGAUUGUGUCGGUGGCAGGACUGGCUUGCGCACAGCGCAGCAGGUGCUGCCUCACCCCGGCCAACAGUCCGUGUCUGCCCUUGUGGAGGGGAUCCGGCUUACAGCACUGCAGUGCCUUCUGUUUGACGGGCUCCGCAGCGGUGGGGAAUUUGCAUCCGCCUCCGUCGCGUCUGCCUACCCUCACGAGGACACAGCAGAUUACAUGGACUGGGUCCUGUAUCAUCUUCCACAUGCCUUCUUCAGCGUAUGGCACCGCGUGGUACCGCUACCGGCGCUGACCGAUCCGAUCUCGGCGACAAAUGAGGCGGAGGAGGCUGCCGCGGCUGGCCAGGAGCUCUUACGCCAUCGUCUGGGGCUUCUCACGCUUCUGUUGUAUGUGCGCGUGUUGAGUGCUCGGGAACUGCUGAACCGAGACGCAGCACUGCUGCACGGCGCCACUCUAUCGAGACCACCGACUAAUGUGAAUCCCACGCGCACGCUGAGGUGGGGAGGCGACGUUCCGUCUUCACUCAACUCGUUGCUGCAUUGUAUGACGAAGGAUAGCGCAGCUCUGCCCAUCGGCGGCGACGCGAGGGAUGAGUGGUCCCUGGUGCUCUCUGCCGCGACACUCCAAGAGUGUGUGGUGCCGCCAUUACCGGCUGGCUGCACCGCUCUCUGGGAGCUUGUUGAGGCGCUGCGGGACUUGGCCAACGCCUCAACAGAGACUGAGGAGGCGUCGGAGCCCCCUGCUGCCGUGGCAGAGUGGGUGUGGCUGGGCAGCCCUGAGGCCCUAUAUGAGGCUCUCGACACAUCGCUACUGAAGGACGGCGGCAGCGACGCCGCUGCUGGGGUCUACCCUCGCCACCUAUACUACCUACUGCCUUGGAGCACUCUCGCCCACAGUCAUCAGCCGUGGCGCGUGUACGAUGAGAGUGGGCAAGCGCGUCGUGCAGCUCAGGAAUGGGCGGCGAUGCUGCAGUCAUGGUUGACAGGCUCGUCAUCAAUAGACGACGGUAAGGGGGUUCCAAGCCGACCGCGCCGUCGGCCUGUUGUGCGGCUGGUUAGCAUGGCAGAGGAGGUCUGUUUCUUCAGCUGCAUGCAGCGGCUGUCGACGUUGCAUCUCAGCGCGGAUGUUCGUGUGGUGCACGGCGAUGUGCAGAGGGAGGAGAGAGAGGUGGCUCCCACGGUUCGCCGCGUAUUGACAGCGUCCCAGACAACCAUGGCAUGUGCGUCGUCGUCUGCGGCAGUGGCGGUAAGUGCUGGCUGGUACGCCGAGGAGGAUUAUGACGGACUGGAUUGA